AUGGCCAUACUUCUACGGCGAACGUUCUCCCGCUAUUGUUUACAAUGUAGCCGCCUCAAAUUGUUUCUGGCUGUUGUUGUUUUCUUCGGGUUCUGUUAUAUUCUCCUUCUUUCCAAUUCAGUUCAGCAAAAGUGAGUUUCAAGUCGCCUUUUUAUUUAUCUUCGUAUCGAUUUUAGAGGUCUAGGUUAUGCAACCAAAGUCACAAUAAAAGAGGCAAUUACCAAUGUAAAUACUUCAAAUCAUGGAUCUCAAACGUAAGUGAUAAGGGUUUUACCUUGUUUUUGAUGUUUAGGUAUUAGUUUACAUUAAUAUUUGUGUUUAAAACGCACUUUCGCUUAAGCAUAUAUUCUUGAUGCUUUAAAGCCAAUUUUACUUAAUUUCCAGCACUCUCACAAUGCAUUUAUUGGAUAUUGGAGUUCAAGCGGAAAACGAAACAUACGAGAAAACUAACAUAACUGAGGACCUUCCAGAAUGUGCGCCGUUAGAGAAGAUAUCUGACUAUAACGCCAAACUGUCUCAAGCGACCUUGCUGAUAGAAGAGCUGGAAGAGUUCGAGGUUGAGAGGAAUCAUCCUGGAAUACUGCCUGGAGGUAUAUGGAAGCCAUCUGAUUGUAAGGCACGACACAAAGUGGCAGUUGUUAUACCGUUUCGGGACAGGAAAAGUCAUCUGACUAGAUUGUUGGACUUUUUGAUACCUAUAAUGCAGAAACAAAGACUAGACUUCCGAUUUAUUGUCACUGAACAGGUUAGUUGUUUAUUAUAAUAUACUGUUAGUGAAAACAUUAAAAGAUGUAAUAAGAUCUAGUAAGUUGACAAUUUAUGUACAUGUUGCAGUCAAAAUGCAUGUUUUUCAGUACGGCGAUGACUUAUUCAACAAGGGUAGAAUUAUGAACGCCGCCUUCCAAUUGGCGAUGAAGUUGAACGUGGAUUGUGUCAUAUUCCACGAUGUAGACAUGUUUCCUCAAGACGAUCGAACACCUUAUGAUUGUCCUGAUACUCCACGACAUUUAGGAGCUUUUGUUAGCAACCUAGGCUAUCAGUAAGUUAUAUAAUUCUAUCUGCGGCUUUGAAUAUUUAGUUUGCUUCAAUAUUAAAUUUUUUAAUCUUGAUUUGUACUAUUCAAACGUUUAUCUUGAUAUCUUUAUAGGUUGUGGUACAAAGAAAUCGUUGGCGGUGCUUUAGCCAUUCGUAUGGAUGAUUACCUUGCUGUCAACGGUUACUCGAAUCUUUACUGGGCAUGGGGAGGAGAAGACGAUGAUAUGGGUAAGGUGUCAUUUUAAAAUUAGGAGUAAUAAUUGUAUUUUUUUAGUUUCUAAUACUAGUAUGUAGGUACAUAUUUAUUUUAUUACCUAAAAUAAACGUUUCAUUUCCAGGUAAACGUAUAUUGUCCUUGAACUACACAAUCGAACGGCCGAAUCAAUCUUAUGCCAGGUUCUCGAUGUUAAAACACGUAAAGAGGAAACGAACGGCUCCAAAACUGAUUUACAAACUUCUGGACAGCGCAGACACUCGAUGGCACACAGACGGCGUCAAUGAGACCCAGCACUGGACGAUAAAGUCACUGAUCAAAAGGCCGUUGUACUACCAUCUUUUUGUUGAUGUAGGCCCUUCACCUGACUUGUGGAAGUCUGCAUAAUGUUGUUAUUGAGCAUAAUCUGAUACUGUGUCAUACUUCUUGCCGUUGUUUGCUUCUAUAUUUAUCACUUUUUCGCUUAGGGGUUGGAACACUGAUGCCUUUACUUUUUUGUAGUAAAUAUUGAUUUUUGAACUGAAGGAGAUUCUCUUAUUGUACAAUUCAAUCGAAUACCUAUAAGAAUUUUGGUAUUAAUAUGUUUUGAGUAUAGUUUUUGCGAUUUUAAUUACAGUCACCAGUUUAUAGCAUGUGAUGAUGAUGCUGGUCGCGGUUUCCAAUGAGCCUAUGCAAGAACCGACCAACCUUCUACAUUUCAAUGAGCGGGAGUUUAUUCUCUUCGACUUCUGGAAGGUCGGAACUGCUUUUGGUAUGUCAUAACUUUGAUUAGAAUUGUAGAAUAUAUAAUAGUAUAAUUCUACGGCAUUUUAUACACCCUUUUUUUAAAUUGCAAACGAAUAAAAAUAAACUGUAUUUCAGGGAUGUUCGGGUCCAUGAUGAUAGUGUUUUUGAUUGCAAUUCUUCAUGAAGCUGUAAUUGGAACUAGAGUGUUUGUCUUACGUGAGAAUAUACCAUUGUCAACGUAUUCCACAGAACAAUUGUACGAAAACACUAUCAACGCGCGGUCAGAUGAGAGUAGUAGAGCCGGAAUCCCUGGAUUUAUGCGGUGAGUUUUAAUAGAUGAUUAAGUUGACAAACACCUCACAACCGUCUUUGAAGUCUGCAGAAUUUAUAUAAACUGUUAUGUAUAUUCUCGGAAGUUCAAGUAGAGUUAACGUUUGUUGAAACAUGUAAAAGUAAUCCCUUUGUUUCAGCCGUCUCGUCCACUCCUUUUCUUGGUUUCGGCUGGGCAAUUCCUUCUUGUAUGGAGUCCAGUGGACGUUGAUGGCACUUCUGAUCCUGUUCAUCGCCACUUUCAAUGUGUGGAUUAUCAUGGCGGUGCUGUUGGGCAAAGUGGUCGGCCAUUUCAUCUUCCUCGGCUCCGCCAGAGUUUCCGAACAGUCACUGAUCCUCGAGGGUGGGGUGAUGCGAGACUCACCCUUGCCCGAGCGCCGCGCGUGCUCUUGA